AUGUCUCGCCCAGCCCGCGACAUGGCCCACGGCCUCGCCCCCAUGUCCACAAUCACGCCUAUCGACCUGAACAAUGCUGCUGCCAACGGCGCCAACGGUUAUGCCAGGCUCAACGGACAUGCCAAUCACCCCGGUUAUUCCCCUGCUGCAGGGCAGCAUCUCUCUCUCCAGCCGCCGGCGCACAUCGAAACCCGCUCACCUUCACACUCGCCUCGCACCCUGCAUCCAAGAUUGUCACCAGAGGCGGUUCUCAAGCCACUAUCUCAGCUCGCACCGAUCAACCCGAAUGCCCAUGCCCUCGCCAAUCCACGACAGAAGGCCGCUCAGCGGGGCGCUACCAUUCCUCCAGUGCAGCAGCAGCGCCCUGCCCUCUCGUACUACAAUCUUCCAGAUCCGGGGCCUUCGUCGGCCGCAUCGUCUGGCUCGUCCCGGACUGUUCGUGCCGGCGCCAGGAGGCGAGCCGGCUCCAACCCCCGCCCGCCCUCUUCGACGUCAUCAGAAGACACAGAGACAGAGGUCGACUCGGACUCGACGUUUGUGCCCGGCCGCGUGCGCCACCAGCAUUCCAAGUCGCAACCCGAUCUCACGGCAUUACGGUCACGGCUUGCCGAAAGCUGGGCCAACCAGCAGCAGGAAGAACGGCGACUCCGAGAAGAGGCACAGGCCAACUCGAUGCUGAGCCGGCGGCGGAGCCAUGGGCGCAAGACGCCGCCGAUCCGCCCCAUGCCGCUCGCGAGCGGCGCACACCCGCACAUCCACCCACACCGCCAAUCGUCAGCGGGAUUUGCAAGCGCAAUUCCGCAGAGCGCAUUGGGGCUGCGCCACUCGCCUCGCACGAGCACUGUGGCGCUCGCGCAUCUGACUCCGAUAACCAGUUCACCGCGCGCCGAGUCGAGCGCGGAGGACUCGCCAUGGAGUCUGCGCGGCACCACCAUUCCGCACGGGGGCAUGACCGGUUCCGAGGAUGCAGACGAUGACCUCGAGUCGACCGACUCGCCUUCGUCCGGCUCGCUCUCGUUCUCGCCCAAGCUGCGCCGGCGACAGCGGCAAAGCAAUAAGCGCGACGGGUCUGGCUCGGGCUCGGGAUCUGGAGGGGCUGGACCCGUUCUUGGCCUGCUUCUUGAACCCAACUCGGCAGACGAGCGAAGCUCACAGGGCCUUGUUGACCUGCGGCCGGAGAGCAUCGAGGCGCGUCUUCGCCGCUCAUCCCUCCUCAACUUCCGACUAUUAGCCGUGGUGCCGGCGUUAUGGGGUAUCAGUGUGCUCACGCACGCGCUCGUCACUGGAGCGCUCUGGCACGAUGUGUGGCCAUGGGGCGUCGACCUCUCGCGGGAGUCUGUCGAGAGACUGGUGCAGGGUCUGCACGUAUACGAGGGCAUUGAGCGACCGGUCCACCGCGGCGAUAUGGCGCUGGCGAUCGCAUGGGCCAUCGUCACUGCGCAUUUCUGCUUUUGCCUCACGACGGGCCUCACCCACCGCUGGCGAUCAUACUACUCGCUCCCAUCGACCGUGACGCGCCUCGUCUCGCUCCAAUGCCUCUGCUGGCCAGCGACGUACACGACGCUUUGGGUCCUGGGCCCAACCCGCCCUCUCCUCGCAUGGGUGGUCAUCGGCGUAACGACGGGCUGGAGUCGCACCGUGCAGAUGUGGGUGACGUCGAAUGUGACGGUCGACGACGACGGGGGCGACGUGACGCCCGGCCCGCGCCGCUCGCCGCCGCUCCGCCCGCCGCCCCCGCCGUCGCAUGUGACCGGCUGGCGCAAGUUCACGUACGGCCGGCGCUGGGACUGGGACGCGGUUGCGCGCGAGGUGGGUUGGAAGGUUGGGGGGCUGUUGCUCGUCACGUGCGCGUGGCUGUUCUGGAGACUGGACGAGAUGUCGUAUGGGAAGGUGUAA